CUUCAUUGUUUUUAAGUUCACAGGGGAGAUCUUUUGAGAAUACAUUAGCGAAAUGGCAGGACUAAGGUAUUCAGGAAUUGUGUUGCUGGUGAUCGCCACAUCCAUGGCGAUGACCGAGGCCAGGACUAUUGUUGUUGGUGGAUCUGAGAACUGGCGUUUCGGAUACAACUACACAGACUGGGCUCUUAAGAACAGUCCCCUCUACAUCAACGACAAACUUGUGUUCAAGUUUGAUGCACCCCACAACGUGUACUUGCUGCCCAACCUGUAUAGCUACCUCAAGUGCGACUUCGGGGGUGCGAAGCUUCUCGCUGGUGCACCAAAUGGCGCUGGAGAAGGGUUUGAGGUUGUGCUGAACCAAUGGAGGCUCUACUACUUCACUUCCUCUAACGACAAGGACUGCUCGGAUGGCUUGAUGAAGUUCUUCGCCAUGCCGCUUCCGCGUUGGCAGUGAUUGAAGCAUGCGACUGGUUCUGUUUGCUAGUGAUAUUUGAUUGUGUUUAUGCAAUUGUAGAAUUUCAAUAAAGAACGGCUGGUCCUGGAGAGGUCGUGGUUGAAGAAUAAAUAUAUUGUGAGGUGUGAUGUUGAUUUAUCUAUUACUCAUGUAUUGAUUGCGGUUCGCCAUGGAAUGAAGUUUUACUCUGACUAAAUUUUGUUA